AUGGUUGUUUAUGGAGAUGCGAAGACCCUGAUGUGGCUGAACAUUUUAACAUCUACAGAACAUAAUAGAUGUAAUGAAAAGAUAUGUGAUGGAAAAGUGUGGAUUAUGACAGCCCAGAUAGAUGUUACAUUAAUGGACCAACAGUUUGAGAACACAUUGGAUCUGUUCCAAGGAUCCCUUUCCUUCAUGCUUCAUUCCAUGGAAAUUAAUGGGUUCCAAGAUUUUCUGAAGUUCUUCAAAUUUGGUCAGAGUCCACAAGACUGGAUUCUGAAAGAGUUCUGGGAGGCAGCUUUUAAAUGCCAGUUUCCAAAUCUCAACCAUGUGUUUAAACAUUCAUGCACUGGGGUGGAAAGCUUGGCGUCGCUUCCUGCUUCAACUUUUGAAAUGGCCAUGAGCGGACAGAGCUAUGGCAUCUACAAUGCAGUUCAUGCUGUGGCCCAUGCUUUGCAUUCUGCAGUUUCAUCUCAAGUUAUAUCCAUGAGAACACUGGGCAGAAAAAGAUUUCAGCCAUGGCAGGGUGGAGUCAGGACAACUGAACAGAGUGUUUGCUGGCCAGAUGCCCUUUCUGUCACCAAUGUGGAAUUUUGCAGCAGAUAUAUUCUCAUUGUGCCCACAGAGAGUCAUAUCAGCCCCUACCUAGGAUCGAAUUCACAGCCUCCUGAUUCAGAAGAAACAGUGUCCUUCAACGCAGAAGGAGAAAUGGAAAGCCAAUUUGACAUCAUCAACUUGCUCACCUUCCCCAAUCAUACUUUCCAGAGGCUGAAAGUUGGAAAGCUUGAUUCCAAAUCUGUGCAAGGAAAACAAAUCUCUCUUAGUGAAGAUGUGAUAGUGUGGAAUAGGGCUUUUAACCAGGUGCACAAGGGGGCCCCUCAAUCAAUGUGUAAUGAACUUUGCCAACCAGGUUAUCAGAAGAAGAAGAAGGAAGGGAAGAAAUUUUGUUGUUAUGACUGUGUUCCAUGUUCAGAAGGAAAGUUUUCAGACCAGAAGGAUAUGAAUGAGUGUUUCAGUUGCUCAGAAGAACAGUAUCCAAAUGAAAACCACACUCAAUGCAUCCCCAAAGUCAUAACUUUUCUCUCCUAUGAAGAACCCUUUGGAAUCAGCUUAGCUUCUGCUGCUCUCGUUUUCUCUUUCACCACGCUCUUUGUGCUUGACAUAUUCAUUAAGCACAGAGACACUCCAAUUGUCAAAGCCAACAACCGAGAUCUCUCCUACAUUCUCCUUGUCUCCCUUCUGCUUUGUUUCCUCUGCUCUUUGCUUUUUCUUGGUCCACCAAGGAGGAUCACCUGUCUUCUGCGACAGCCCACUUUUGGUAUGACUUUCUCAAUGGCCAUUUCUUGUGUCUUGGCCAAAACCAUCACAGUGGUGGUGGCUUUCAUGGCAACAAGACCAGGGUCCAACAUGAGGAAGUGGGUGGGGAAAAGAUUGGCCAACUCCAUUGUAGUCUCCUGUUUCUUCAUUCAAGCAGUUCUUUGUGUUGUGUGGAUGACAAUCUUUCCCCCAUUCCCAGAUAUGGACAAACAAUCAUUCACCAAACAAAUCAUUGCAGAAUGCAAUGAAGAGCCCAUUGUGAUGUUUUUCCUUGUCUUGGGGUAUAUGGCACUUCUGUCCAUCAUCAGCUUCAUGGUGGCCUUCCUAGCCAGGAACCUUCCAGAGAGUUUCAAUGAAGCCAAGUUCAUCACUUUCAGUAUGCUGGUGUUUUGCAGCAUUUGGUUAACUUUCCUUCCAGCCUAUCUCAGCACCAAAGGGAAAGAGAAGCUAGCUGUGGAGAUCUUCUCAAUCUUGGCCUCCAGUGCUGGCUUACUUGGUUGCAUCUUUGUCCCAAAAUGUUAUAUUGUUCUAUUUAAACCAGAGCUAAACACCAAAGAACAGCUGACAAAGCAGAAGCAUUAAGGAACUGAUUUGUUGAUCUAUGAUCAGAGCUUUGCUCUCUUUUAUCCUUGUGAUAUGUUUACGUUUAAUAUUACAUGAUUUGUUUGUAUUAAAGGGUGAAGGAUAUUUAUAUUAUUCAGAUGAAUUGAAUAAAAAUCUUUUUCUGAUAGACCUUAAAUAACAAUAUCUGUUGCUAGAUUUGCUCGGUCAGCCAGGUAAAGCUCUGGAUCACUAAACAGAAAUUAAUUUUGGAUUGAUUACUACUGAAAUGGAGAAGAAUUCAGCAUUGUUAUGAUUAUGAAAAUGAGUAUUUUUCUCAUUGUAUAUAAUGUAUUUCCCAUUGUCCUUUGAUAUGUUUUACUGCUUUAUUUGAUUGAUUUCAAUAAUAAAGUUUUAUUCUAAAUGGCU